AUGUGUAAAUACUCGAUCAUUCAAAUCACAUCCAAGAACCGGCGAAAGCCAAUUCUUCGCCUCGUAUUAUUUACGCUACUUCCAGCGAGUUGCAUCGACUUUGGACGAGUCGACGCGUUUCUGGUUGUCGGGCAGGUACCCGUUGUCUCAAUGGUCCGAACUCCAUCAUCUGCUUGGGAUUUUUCGAAUUUCGCGAGACAAGAACGGAGGUCAUUGGACUAUGAGCAACUGCCAACUUUACAUGUUGCCAGCAACGAGAGUAAAAACGACUUUAACGUGACUACCACAAAGGAGCGUGCUGCGAAAAUGGACAAUUUCGUCACAAACGAGGACGAAAGGAAGCGCGACAAAGUAGACACCCGAAUCAAACGACAAGCGAUAGACAGAGUAUGGAUUGCGGAUCGAAGCUUGUGGACUGCCGACGUGUUGGGCAUGGCUGUGGCUUGUCAACUUUUAGGAUUGGUGGAUGCCGUCACGGCGCAGGAUUUUGUCACCAACGGAGGUUGGUUUCAGCCGAUCACGGUCCAAUCCUCCACUACUACACUCCCCACGUUAGUUCAGCGCUUUUCCGUCAAUACAGUUGUCUGGACCAUGGCAGCUACUGUCCUACCAUUGCUACCAACGGCAGCAUCCGGGACGAGACCGGAAUACUACGGUGAAAUGAUGCUACAGGAAAGUCUUUGGAAUACAAGGAAAAUAUUUGUUCUCGUACUGGUAGUUUUUGUGCUGCUACGGGUCACUCUCGACGUUGGAGUGGUGGCAUUCUUGAUGGUGACCGGUACCGCUCACGACCUGCCAAGCGAACUGCAACUGAGGAUGCUCGAAACCUUACGUGAGUGCUAUUUCGUCGGUUUGGCCAUGGCCACAACUCGGUCUGCUAUGCAUGAACUCUAUUCGACCAGGCGAUGA